AUGGAGGAGGGGAUGGAGGAGGUGCUGGAGGAGGUGAUGGAGGAGGUGAUGGAGGAGGUGAUGGAGGAGGUGCUGGAGGAGGUGCUGGAGGAGGUGCUGGAGGAGGUGCUGGAGGAGGUGAUGGAGGAGGUGCUGGAGGAGGUGAUGGAGGAGGUGAUGGAGGAGGUGAUGGAGGAGGUGAUGGAGGAGGUGCUGGAGGAGGUGAUGUGGAGCCAGCCUGAGGUCAGAGCCCGGCCUCUGGACUCAGCCAGCCUGAGGUCAGAGCCCGGCCUCUGGACUCAGCCAGCCUGA